GUCAAAGCUGAAAUGGACAGCAGCUCAGUUCAGGUCUUCUCCUGCUCCCUGUGUACAGUAUCCUACACAGCCCAUAAUUACCUCCACAAACACAUCAGAAGGAGCCACUAUGAGGAAUAUGUUGGGAUGCUGAGAGCAGGAGAGAUCAAAUCUGAAGACCUGAUGCCCACCAUCAGCUCCAGUAACCAGGAAACGUCCAGUUCUAAAUCUCCUCACAGCCCAGUAAAGAAAGAUCAGCACUGCUCAGAUUGUGGGAAGCGUUUCAUUUCACAGAGUCAACCGGAAAUACACCAGCGCAUUCACAAUGGAGAGAAACCGUAUAAGUGCAACCAGUGCGGGAAGAGUUUUGCUGCUAGCUCUGGUCUUCAGACACACCAGCGCAUUCACACUGGUGAGAAGCCGUAUCAGUGUUCAAUCUGUGGGAAAAACUUUACUAGCGGUAGUGCUUUACAUGUACACCAGCGCAUUCAUACUGGAGAGAAACCAUAUUCUUGCUUACAGUGUGGGAGCACUUUCACUGACUGUAGUAAACUCAUUAAACACCAACGCAUUCACACAGGAGAGAAGCCGUAUUCUUGCUCACAGUGCGGGAAGAGUUUUGCUGUCAGCGAUUCUCUCAAGAGACACCAGCGCAUUCAUACUGGAGAAAAACCGUACAGCUGCUCAGAGUGUGGGAAAGGUUUUACUACCAAAACUGCUUUACUUGUACACCAGCGCAUUCAUACUGGAGAGAAACCGUAUUCAUGUUCAAACUGUGGGAAAAGUUUUGGUAAAAAUGGAUCAUUAGUGAAACAUUUAAGUAUCCAUAGUGGAGUGAAGCCAUAUUUUUGCUCACAGUGUGGGAAAAGUUUUGCCUACAGUAGUGCUCUCAAGAAACAUCAGCGCAUUCACACUGGAGAGAAGCCGUAUUCCUGUUCACACUGUGGAAGAAGGUUUGCUGAUCGUGGAUCAUUAGUGAAUCAUGAGCGUCUCCAUACUGGAGUGAAGCCGUAUUGUUGCUCAGAGUGUGGGAAAGGUUUUACUAAUAUUAGCACGCUUAAUGUACACCAGCGCAUUCACACUGGAGAGAAACCGUAUUCCUGUUCUGACUGUGGGAAAAGUUUUUCUGAUCGUAGAUCAUUAGUGAAACACGAGCACGUCCACUCUGCUGAGUAGCCGUUCUCCUGCUCAUAGUGUAGGAAGAGUUUUACUGAGAGUGGACUUUAGAAGAUACACAGGCGUGUUCACACUGGUGAGAAGCCUCGUCACUGCACAGUCUUCUUCUUCAUCUUUGUCCGGCUGCUGGUCUUAAACAGAACUUCUACAGAGAUAAUAUAUUUAUUAAAUUAAAUGAAAGUAUUUGUGACCACUUGGGUUUUUAUGUCUUUUAUGAGAAUCUUUUAGUCCAGCUCAAAGUCUUUCCUUUGACUUUUACAAUGUUUGUUAGAAGCAAAUUAUUUUCCAUUAGCAGAAGAUUUGAGGAUAAAUAAGAGUUUAGAAGAUUUAAGAUUUUUAAAUAAUUUUCUGUUUUAUGUUGUGAAGAAAUCCUCUUUAACAGCUCAAAUGCUGCACAUCCACCCACCAUUAGUUACUGCUUUAACCUGUUUCCCCCCAUGAUUAUGUGGUGAAUGAAUAAUAUUCAUAGUUUUUUAUUUAUGAACAGCUGUCUCUGUGUGUUGUUAUAGCUGAUUUGUGCUGGUACAGGUUUUUGUGUCCUGUGUGUGUAGAAUAAAAUGAAUUUUUCAGACUAA